CUGUUCGACGGCAAACACAAACUAACAUCACAAAGUACGCAGCCAAAUCUGUCAAAAUAUUUCCUGCCGAAAAGAUCUGAUGACUGCGAAGGAGAAGGAGGCGGAUGCAGCGUUCUUUAUGGGACACAUUACUAUCAUGAUAUACUGAAAUUCCUACCGACGCUACAGCGAAUAGUAGGCCAGCUGGUAAUUGAAGGCACUAGUUUGACCAACUUGUCUAUUCUGGAGAGGAUAACCAUCAUUGGACUUCAGUCUCCAGCUCUAGUAGUGAGAAAUAACGCAGAGCUUCGCGACGUGACGUCCAUUUACAAGAUGAAGAUAGAUGGAGCUGCACCUGUUCUGGAUUGGUUCAACAACGGUUCUAAUUGGUGUCACCAUAGAGCAGAAAUUAUUAUUAUUAAAAGUCUUACAGAGAAGCCUUACCAUGAAUUGAUAACUCGUAAGUUGCUCUUCGCUCUUCUGACCUUCUGA